AUGGGGCUACAAAAGCUUUGGAAGGACCUAUGGAAUCUAAAACUCCCAACUAAGAUCAAGAUAUUUGCAUGGAAAGCCUGCAAAGAAAGCCUGCCAACCAAGCACAAUUUGGUGCAAAGAAAGUAUGGUGACCUUGUUGGUUACAUAAGUGGCUUACAGCAGAAAGACCAGCUGGAGGUAUUCUUUUUGAUCUCAUGGAGCUAUUGGCAUAGGCGCAACUUAGCAACCUUUGAAGAAAAGUGUAUCCACAUUGAUCAAACAAUAGCUCAUGCCCUGGCUGUCCAGCAUGUCUAUAAGGCAACCCAUGGCCAACCACUAAAGAAUGUGAGACACCAUUGCAGAUGGGGGUUUCCCCCUCUAGGAGUCUUCAAAUUAAAUGUAGAUGGGGCUAUCUUUCAGAAUCAACAUAGUGCUGGAAUUGGGGUUGUUUUAAGAGAUUGUAAGGGAGAGGUUCUUAUGGCAGCCAGCAAAAAGGAACCAGCAAUCAGGGAUGCAACAAGUAUUGAAAGGCUUGCAAUUUUUAGGGGUUUACAGCUGACAGCUCAUUUGGGUAUCAAACACCUUAUUAUAGAAAGUGAUGCCUUAACCUUAGUACAGGAAUUGCAAAAGCCAGAACCCUCGAUGACUUUGGUAGGUAAUGUGAUCAAGGAUACUAAGGAGCUUAUGAAUUGCUUCCAAGUGUGUGAAGUUAGAUUUGCUAUGAGAACUUAUAAUGAGGUAGAACAUAAGUUUGCAUGGCAUGUUAGUGAUAUUAGCCUAUGGUGGGGUUCUUUCCCUGAUGUAAUUGCUCCAGCCCUAUGGGCAAAGAGACAAUUGUAA